AUUAUGAGGUACGAGUACUGUUAUGAAUAGAUAGUCGGGCAGGAAAUAAUAUUUUCCAAGGUUAUGCUAGGAUAUGCACCUACGAACCUUCAAGAGGGGCAUGGGGGGCAGGUUAGGUAGGUAGGAAGUGAAGCAAUUUUUCUCUCUGGAAAAUCCAGACGUAAGCCACCCACCAUCUGCAUCAUCAACCCACCAGCCACCUCUCGGAUAUCACGAGCCACGAGCCACGAGCCACGAGCCACGCCUGAGGUAAAUUCCAAGCUAAGGCCACGCCACUUUGAGAGCAGCGCCCCUUGCGCCCCAAGACCCCUCCAUUAGCUUCACCUAACCCAAUCCCAUUCGUCCCAACAGCUCUUUCUGCAAACCGACUUGGGAUGAAAACAUACCCAGCUACAAGACCGUCAUUUGCUGUCUCGCUACAACACCACCAUCCGCUCUUUAUAGAUUCCUCUUCAACUUGAUCAUCCUGCAGCCCACGACGGUCCUUUUGCAACCGGCACAUGCUUAUCUGCAGAAUCCAGGCAAUCACGACCAGACCCAUCAGACAGCUUUCCCAGACACCCAUUCAUCUCAACACAACCCAGCGACUUAAGAUGGCUACUCUUGGUGCACCUACCAAGAAGCACAAGGUUACGAUUGUAGGAUCCGGUAACUGGUAUGCUAAUAUGCCGCAUUCUCCAAUUCGCAUGUUGACGAAAGUAGGGGUUCUACCAUCGCAAAAAUCGUGGCCGAGAAUACAAAGGAACAUCCCGAGCUUUUUGUGGAAGAUGUGCAAAUGUGGGUAUUUGAAGAAGAGGUUACAAUCCCAAAGGACUCGAAACAUUAUGAUCCCUCAGUUGGCGAGAGCCCGCAAAAGCUUACUGCCAUAAUCAACAAAUACCACGAGAACGUGAAAUACCUGCCGAGCAUUGCUUUGCCAAGGAACAUUAUCGCGAAUGCCUCCUUGGUGGAUGCCGUUCAAGACUCAUCCAUCCUCAUUUUCAAUCUGCCGCAUCAGUUCAUUGGUCGCAUAUCCAAGCAACUGGAAGGGAACAUUCUUCCCUUUGCUCGCGGUAUCUCUUGUAUUAAGGGUGUCAAUGUGACGGCUUCGGACAUCAGUCUCUUCAGCGAGUGGAUUGGUGAAGGACUCGGUAUAUAUUGCGGUGCGUUGUCAGGAGCCAACAUUGCUAGCGAGAUUGCUCAGGAAAAAUGGUCCGAGACGACGGUCGCCUACGAUCCUCCAAUCAUUGAUUCCCGCCCUCCUACUCCAUCGGGCCCCUCUCCUUCUACUUCUAUGAUCAACCUUACAAUCACUCCCGCAGAGGGAGAGCACAAGGAUGCUCGUGGCCGCGUUAGCAAAGCUGCGUUGAAGCCUGUACCCUCAUCCUAUCCUCCCUUGGAUCAUGCCGUGUUCAAAACCCUUUUCCACCGGCCAUAUUUCCAUGUUCGCUUAGUCUCUGAUGUCGCCGGUGUUUCUCUGGGUGGCGCUCUCAAAAACAUUGUUGCUCUAGCUGCAGGUUUUGUCGAGGGACGGGGUUGGGGAGAUAAUGCUAAGGCCGCUGUGAUGCGUGUCGGGUUGUUGGAGAUGGUAGAGUUUGGCAAGGAAUUCUUCGGUCAUUCGGUGCAUACUGCCACUUUUACAGAAGAGAGUUGUGGCGUUGCGGAUUUGAUCACUAGUUGCAGUGGAGGCCGUAACUUUAAGUGCGCAAGGACCGCAGUUGAGAAAGGAAUCUCUGUGUCAGAAGUUGAGAGAACUCAGUUGAAUGGUCAAAUGUUACAAGGAACUAGUACCGCUCAAGAAGUCAACAGCUUUUUGGAAGCUAGAGGACGAGUGGACGCAUACCCCCUUUUCAAGGCUGUCCACGGUAAGUCGGUUGCCUAUUUCCAAGUAGAAAUGAAACUAACAAGACUUAGAUAUUUUAGGAGGACGCAAGUCCGUUGAUGAUAUUCCGGAUUUGGUCGCAAGAUCUGAUGCAUAGAUACUCGUUCUUCAGAUGAUUUCUUCGGCGCAAGGCAAAUCAAGGUUACAGGUAAAGGAAGGGUAAAUGGCCAAGGGGACUGGGUAGAUAAGACUGCAGGCAAUCUGCAAUUGUUUCCAGCACAUAAAUAAGAUCAAUUAAUUCAUGCCUCAUUUUUGCUCCGU